AUGAGCAGUGCAGUAAGACAGCGCCACGUAUUGGUCUCGAAGGACACCGAGAACACGGAGGCUGGGGGGGAAGUGUUGAAAGAAAAGACAGCGUCAAAUGAGGAACAACAACUACAAACAAAAGGCCAGCAACAGCAGCAGCCAGGGCCUCGUCGAGUUAAGAAAAAUGUCUCAAAGGUGGAUCGCUACUCGAUUCUGCUGUCGUGCACGUUCUUCAUUCUGCUGUAUCUAACCGGGCUAGCGUUCCCAGACUUAACGCAUAAAUUCACCACGUUGCAGUACAAGUUUCCCGGAACAGUUGAUGCAUACGACAUUGGAAUCGAUGAUGCGUACGUGGUAAUCACGUGUAUAGUGGCCCUGGUGCUGGUACGUUCGUUCCUGCUGGAGUUCGUGCUCAAGCCCAUUGCAUUGAAUCGGUUCCACGUCCGUUCCCACAAGUCGCAACAGCGGUAUGCCGAACAAGGUUGGUCUUUGGUGUACUAUACCUUUUCAUGGGUGUAUGGGUUUUAUCUGUACUAUAAAUCGCCCUAUUUCCUCAACUGCGACCACAUAUAUCUGGGGUGGCCCCACGACUACCUUUCCGGCACUUUUAAGCUGUACUACCUGCUUCAAAUGGCGUCUUGGCUACAACAAAUUUUGGUUUUGAAUGUGGAGGAGAAAAGGAAAGAUUUCUGGCAAAUGUUCGCCCACCACAUCAUCACUUGUUUGUUGACACUGGGAUCAUACUAUUACUAUUUCACCCGCAUUGGCCACGUCAUUUUGAUUAUCAUGGACGUGGUAGACAUUCUUCUUUCCAGCGCAAAAAUGCUCAAAUAUUGCGGUUUUUCUACCGCUUGCGAUUACAUGUUUGCCAUUUUCCUGGUCUUCUGGGUCUUGCUCAGACACAUUGCAUACAACUACAUAUUCUACCACGCUGGUACGAAAGCGCCAGGGCUUAUGGCCAAUGGUCAGUGCAUGGUCUCUAAAGUUCAAAAGAGAUGUUGGACGCCGUUUAUCAUUGAUGUUUUCCUGUGGCUACUAGGAGGUUUGCAGGUGAUUACCAUUAUAUGGAUGGCUUUAAUUGUGAAAGUCUUGAUAAAAAUUAUCAAAGGUGGUUCUGCAGAGGAUGUUCGCAGUGACGCCGACGAUAGCGAUUAA